CGACGAACCGGUAGCCCCAGUAAAGCCGGCAGAGCGGAACCUGAGGCAGCUUUGGGCGCAUCGCUUCCGGGUCUCGAGGAAACACUUCCGGCGCAGCGGAGCGGCGGUACUGGAGAACUUCGUUCUGGAGAAGGACGACUCUCAAGAGGCUCCUGGCAGUGGUGACUUGUACCAUGGCCUCUGACCUGGACUUCUCGCCUCCUGAGGUGCCAGAGCCCACCUUCCUGGAGAACCUACUGCGGUAUGGGCUCUUCCUGGGAGCCAUCUUCCAGCUCAUCUGUGUCUUGGCCAUCAUCGUGCCUAUUCCCAAGUCCCAUGAGGCGGAGGCCGAGCAGUCCGAGCCCAGAAGUGCAGAGGUGCCGAAGAAGCCCAAGGCUGCCGUGCCUUCCAUCAACAAGAGGCCGAAGAAGGAGACGAAGAAGAAGCGGUAGAAGCAGAGGCCUGAGGAGCCCGUGGCCUUGGCCUUGGGGGCAGCCCUCCUGGGAGCCAGCAUCCUGUUUCCUCUCACGGACUGUCUCUGUCCUUGGCUCGAGGUCUGAGAAGAUUGAAACUCCCUCUGACCACAGGGAUCAGUCCCUAGGCUCCAGCUGUUCAGACCACCACUUCCUCUUCCAUCACUCUGGUACACAGAGACUCUCCGAGAGCAAACUCUGUCCUGGAGGGUUUCGAAGUCAGGUCAGGCUCACAGAGCCAAUUAUUCAUGUUAGUCCUCGGUCCAGUGGUCUUCGGACCAGAGGAGUCACACCGCAGUGUGGAAUUGUUACCUAAGGCUACAAGCACACCCUCUCCCAUUACUUGUGUCACAUUUGUGUGUGUGUGUGUGUGUGUGUGUGUGUGUGUGUGUGUGUGUGUGACUUUUGUAUGCACAGAACUUCACGUGUGUUCAGCCCACUCACUGCAGCAGCCAGGUCCUGAAGAUGUUGGGGGACGGCAGGACAGCAGAAGGCCUGGCCCGGUGGUACCUGCACGGGAAGGUGGUAGCCGAAUGAGGCCAGAUUUCCUGGGCACAGACUUCGUAAGCCUUUGAAAUGGACUUGUCAUUUCCAGACAACCACUUUUCACCCGUUCUAACAUUCAAAGUGCCUUUGACUCUGACCUGUCACCCCCGCAUUUUUCAUUCCCUGACCAACGAAGAAAAAUUAUGUGAAGUAAAGCCAAUAAACUGUCUUGCAUGCUGA